AUGGACCCGUUUCUGCGAUUCCCAGCUGAGAUUACUCAGGAAAUCAUUCGGAACACUGGCGACUUUGCGAGUGUAGAAAACCUGAUACGUGCUUCUCCACAAGUCAAAGCUGUGUUCCUUGCUGAUCCUUAUCCCCUACUACACUAUCUACUAUCCUCACACCCGGUCACAUUCACCUCCGAGAUUCGGAGGCUGGUAUCAAGCAUAGUAUUAGCUCGCAGUCUACAAGCCUGCUAUACCAGCGUCGACGAGUAUAAGAAACUCGACCUCGGUACCCCCGAAAUCAGAGAACAGAUCUGCAACCCUGACACUGCAGCCCACGUACUCCAUACCGCAGCCCGGAUUCAACGGCUUUCAUGUAUCUGCCUCACUCGUUUCCGUGCGAAUCUAGUCGCUGCGGUAGGAUCCCAAGAUACUGGGGACGUCCCAAACGCCAUUCGCGGUCGGAAUGCCGGCAGGCCAUUUGCCUGGAUUGAAGAGUAUCGUAUCCAGUGGGCACUAUGGCACCUCCAACAUUAUGCUGAUCUCCAAAACGUCCACAAUACACCUAUGGAGCCGGAUGGCAUAGUCCAGCACUAUAGAGACUGGAAUAACAUAGAUCUGUUUAUGGCCGAGCAAAUAUGGGCCGUCGCCUCAGAGCUGGUGGGAAUGGGUUUUGACUGCUCUAAUCCAGUCGCCCCCAAUGAAGCACAAUCCAACUGGCUCUCAGACGCAGCCUGGGGGUUCCCGGGACACUCCUCCAUCCCUUUUAUCCGAUCACUGGAGCCUCCUGCUGAAAUAGAGAGGCAAUUUCGCUUCUGGAGCCCACCGGCUGCUCCCGCCAAAGCUUACAAAACGGAGACCUGGCUCUCGCACGCAAGAUCGAAAUUAUUGGCGCCAGGGCAGAUGCGGUUUUUCCGAUCAGAAAGUCGAGAUAAGUUGGCCGGCGGGGGAGGGAGACUGUAUUCGCGGACUAUGAUGGAUGUUGCUCCGUACAGACGACUGGGGGUGUUUCUGUGGGAUGACUGGCGGAUGUUCUCUGUUGGUCUUCUGUCGGAUCCCUGUUUGGAAGAGCUGACGACGACGCUGCUGAGCGCUUUUGAAUCGGUAGGGAGCUGCGAGAGGAUCUAUUCGUGGGAGGAUAUAACCCCGUGGGAGGAGAUGCGGGAGAAGAGCUUGAGUGAUCAUACGGUCUCGAGGGCGUGGCUGAAGCUAGCUUGUUGA